CUUAGUCGUUUUAUAGUUUAAUUUCUUUGUGUAGUGUAUCUCCUGAUCAGCUUCAGUGCGGAAGGGAGUGUUCUAACGGUUUCCUAAUGGUCAGGGGUUUAGGCUCAGUCUAUUUGCUGGAACAGCGCGUCGCACGGGAGCAAAGAAAGGCUCGCAUAGAAAACCUGCCAUUCGAGUUGCAGAGGAACUUUAAUUUGAUGAGGGAUCUAGAUCAACGCACAGAGGAUCUUAAAGGCCAGAUAGACUCUCUGGCUAAAGAAUACACUGCCAACGCCCGGACUCUCUCCUCUGAGCAAAAGCUGUCCAUACUGAGGCAGAUCCAGCAGUCAUACAGUAAAUGCAAGGAGUUUGGAGAUGAUAAGGUGCAGCUGGCCAUGCAGACCUAUGAAAUGGUGGAUAAACACAUCAGACGUCUGGACACGGAUCUGGCUCGGUUUGAGGCUGACCUGAAGGAAAAGCAAAUCGAGAGCACAGACUAUGAUUCCACCUCUAGUAAGGGGAAGAAAGGAGAUUCCAGGCAAAAAGAGAAGAAGGCAGCUAAAACGAGGUCUAAAGUGAAGAGUUCAGAUGAAGACGGCAGUCCUAAGAGUGCACAGAAGAAAGUGAAACUCCUUCAGCCAGGAGAAUUCAACAGCCCUUCUUCCAACUUUGGGAACGUGCACCCAUCCGAUGUGCUGGAUAUGCCAGUGGACCCCAACGAGCCCACCUACUGCCUAUGUCAUCAGGUCUCCUAUGGCGAGAUGAUCGGCUGUGACAACACUGAUUGCUCCAUUGAGUGGUUCCAUUUCGCAUGUGUGGGACUGACAACCAAACCAAGAGGCAAAUGGUACUGUCCACGGUGCUCUCAGGACAGAAAGAGGAAGUGAGAACACCUGGUUCUCCUGGAACGAAACACGGACUCUGAUCAGAUGGAAAAUGAGAAGAAUAUUUCUUCAUUAGUUACUAGAACUUUUUGUUUCUCAUCUUCCUUAACAUUUGGUGCUUUUUAAAUUUUGGUUUACGUACUUGCCUUGGUCUGAUGCAGAAUGUUUGAAGGAGCCAAGUGUUACAAAUGUAUUUAAAUUUUGCUUUUUAAAAAAACAAAAAUGGUUAACACUAAUUUUGAGUUUUUGUUGUUACCUUUGGUGCUCUUUUUGUGACUUUUUUUUUUUUUACAUUUUAUUUUCUGAGUGAUUAAUAAACACUAUAACUGCCCAUAAUGGUAUGACAUUUGAAUUUUCCAUAAUACUCUAUACCGUAUUCACAUGUACAACUACAAAAUUGUAUUUUCUUCCAAAAAAAAGACCAUGGAUGAUUUGAUGCUUUGUCAUAUGGUUAGUUUCUUGUGCUUAGCCUUGGAACACUAGUUUAAUUUUUCGAUAUAAGAAGAGGGAAAAUUUU